AUCGUCUACACCCUUAGGGUCGAAGUAGUUACUUUCGUCAUAUAAUAUACGAACUCAACAGGCAUUAUGAAUUUGGCAGUCUAAGGAAUAUAUCACUUUUUACCACAAAAUCUACAAACCUUUACGAGAAUAAACUUAUAGUCAAUUAUGAGUUGGGCAGCAGCUUAUUUGAAUUCGCGUUCCGAAGAAAGUAACAUUUCUGAUUAAGCCAGUGAAAUAUCAACAGAAUCCGAUUAAGAGGACGAUGAAGACGUGGACGCCAAUAGCGAAGACGUUAGUUCUCUAAAACGCCUAAUGUGGUCAUUAUUCCUCAAAAUAGAAACUAGUGAAAAACAGGAUGUCAUGCAAAAGACAGCCAUUUAAUAUUUCCAAAAUAAAAUAUGCUUCAAUGAUAUUUUUAUCCAAAUGUACUAGGCCCUUCAAACUACGUGUUUGAUUUUUGCAUUCUGAUUGUUUUCACUGCAUUGUGCAUCUAGAUUUGAUCUGAUUUUCAUUUAGAGGUGAAAGAAUCUAACCGAUUCCAAGAGAAGGAAUAUUUCACAAGCAUUUUCUCAGACGACGGACAUUCGGUUUGUGAUUGUCGCUGAGGUAGUCGUCUAUUCGGGCUAAAUGGAAGUGUCUUACAUCCGAUAUGAAGUUAAUGUUCCUUAACGUCCUUAUGAACUCGUCCCAAUGGCUUCAAAUGUUGCCGAGUUCACUGGAUUUCGCCCCCAUUGCGGCACCUGGAACGGAUGUCAUUGGCUGCUGCUGUGUCCGCAUGUCAUUGGCUGCGCUGUGUCCGCAUUUGUUCCAGCAGGAUUCACUUGUAUCUGGAACUUCUUCUACCUGAAGCCACUGGAAGAGCACGUCUGAUUCACCUCAUAAACUUUAGAACUCCGCGCUACGUUUUGGGCGUUGCCAAGUUGGUGUGAUGGUUUCAUCUGCCUGGCAAUCGACACGCAUGCAUACAGGUAAAGAAGCUUAAGUUGGUGCCAUUAGAGUCUACUUAUUUCCUUCUUCUGAUCCGCUUCGCAGCGAUGGAUAAAUGGCUGAUGGAAAACGAUAGUCGACUUCCCAUUGAAUGAAACUUGUCCUUCGACUCCGGUGUCAAUUGUCAAAUUGAAUUGCCUCACAUCAGCGCACGCAGUGUUUACUUUUCAUGGGUUUCAAACACAGAUUCGUGAUGCAAGCAAUUUGACCACCUGUACAAUACAGCACGCACGACGUCUCCUUCAAUCAAUUGCAGUGACGGGUUUAGCUUUCAGCAUUUAAUCUGCUUCAUCUAAAUUCAGCUAAUGGCAUUUGUUUUCUCACUUGGACACUCAGCGUUGAGACGAGCCAAAGCCUACACUGCGACCAACCGAUUUGUAUAAGUGUAACAAGCGAGUAAUUAUCGACUGAAAAUGGAACUGGGGAUCAUAACGGCCAUAUUUGUUAUGUGUCGCGUAGCUGACUUUCAAAUGCUGCCAAAUCAGACGGAUUAUAUCGUUAAAAUCCUCAAUGAAGAAAGGAAAGUUCUGUACAAUUACGCAGUUCCAUAUUUGCAUGAUAAUCCAUAUCCAGGAGUGGAAAAGUAUACGCACUACGAAAUGGCUCGUUUAGGGAUGCUGCCAUUAGUGAAUGUCAAACCACUCAUUCCUAAACUGGGCCCAGUCAUCAACGACGUCACGUCUUUCAAAUACCCCAUCACCGUUUCUUCGUGUAAAGGAAGGUCGAGCGACAGUCUGUUGCAGAACAAAAUUCGAGGGGAGAGCACGCUUCAUAGAGAUAUCCUUCAGUUAGACAUUUUGGACUUUUACAGAAAUUUACCUUUUAAAAUGGCAGGAUUGCUGAACUGGAUGAACAUCAAUUGCCCUAAAAUUAGCUUUUUGUUGAAAGUUGAUGAUGAUGUCUACGUCAACGUGCACAAUGUUGCACAGAUGGUUGAAUCCUACCACCAAACGGGUAAGUUCUCUAUGUUUGGUCGCAGUCAGAAUUGUGGAUUCCCUCCUGAUCACUUAAACAAUUUUGGACCAGCAAGAGAUCCAAAUCGGUAUCAAAUAACAUUGGAAGCUUGGCCGUGGCAUACGUAUCCUGAUUACAUAAUCGUGCCAGUCUAUAUGAUACACGGCAGCUCAAUCCUUCCCUUAUUAGCCGCUAUGCAGACGACGCCCGUGAAUCCUUUCGAGGAUGUUUACGUGACGGGAAUUUGUUCAGAAAAAGCUGGGAUUAAAGUCCUUUUUUCGUCUGGUACCACAAGCUUGUAUGCUCAUUCACCAUUUGAUGACGAAUGUGAGGCACGGAAAUAUCUCGCAUGGGACGAUUGGUUAUCACCGCUGUCCCACGAACAGAUCGGCAACCUCUACAGCGGUGCAACCAAUAAAUCAUGUAACAACCCCAAUGCUUCCAUCAAGUUUAACUUCAGAAGCAAUUAUUCUACUUAUCCUUGAACGCGCCAUCAUAGACCAUGUUUAGUUAUGUACUAUUUUGUUUUAGCUGGUAUCACAAAAAAAAACCCCGCCAAACAACACUGAUUUUUACUGCAGUUUUCUAUUUUUUACAUGCAGCGUUUCACGAUUGAUACAAACUUAUUUCGGAAAAUGGGGGAAAAUGGGGAAAAAUAAAACAUUUUAUGAAUGAACGUUA